GGAGACCGGUGGCGCGAGCCGGGAGGGUGCGUUGUUUACAAGUGCGGACGUGCGGCGUGCGACCCGGGGCGAAGCAUGCGUGGCGUGAGCAGAGCGUGAGAAAGCGGCGUGAGGAGGUGCGUUGCGUGGCGGGUGACGUGCGAACUUCUCGAGGAACGGAUCACCUUGGAUACGGCUGGAAACGAACGGAUUUCUUGACAGGCGGCAGUCAGGAUGGCUGGCGGCUCCCACGGGCGCGCCGCGGAGCGGGCUCUGAUAACGGCAAUCUACGUGCUCUUCUGCACGCACCUCGCCACACCAGAACUAUGUGACGUCCAGUCGUCGGAAAAUGUCGUCAUUGUUGACGUGAUGGAGAGUCUGGGCGAAGAGACAGAUCAACUGACCUCCCCUCGGGAGUUGCCAAUAGACGGAUCCGUCGAGGAGAUCACGCUGUCUCUUCUGCCGGACGCGACCAAUUACUUCCGACUGGAGGGGAAGUCGCUGUACCUGCUGUCACCUCUCGACAGGGAUGCCAGCGACCUAAGCUCCAUUGUCCUCAGGGUGUCGUGCCAGGUGCGAGCCAGCGGGUACCGCAAGACCAUCCCAGUCAUAGUCCGGGUCACGGACAUCAACGACAACACCCCGGAGUUCGUCCGGUUACCGUACCGAACCCGUGUCCCCGAGAAUACGGCCGUUGGUGAUAUCAUCUUUCGUGACAUAGAGGCCACAGACAGAGACGCUGGGAUCAAUGCGCUGCUAGAGUACUCGCUGGUACCAGGCGAUGGUGGCGCCACCGAUGGAUACGGACGGUUCUCCAUCGCCCGGUCGCACCAGGGGGUGGUGACAGUGGCUCGACCCCUCGACUUCGAGACCACCAACGUCUACUACCUGACCGUGGUGGCGAACGACCGGGCGCAGCCGCUGUCCUCGCGCCGCUCAGCCACCACGACCUUGACCGUAGAGGUCGACGACAGUGAUGACCUCGGGCCGGGGUUCGUGACCUCGGACUGCCGGCCCACCCAGCAGCAGUGUCCCGUGCCCACCUACCGGGCAGCGGUGAUUUCCAGAGAGCUUUCUGGCGUACUGGACGUUCGGCCAGAGAGAAUACACGCCGUGGACAGGGACACGCUGGGAGCCGGCAUAGAAUACCGGGCGAUAUCCGGCCAGCCGCCAGACUACCACCAGUAUUUCGAGAUUGACCUGAGCUCAGGUCAAGUGCGCCAGAUCCAGCCGGUUGACCGGGCGAGGGUCAAACAGUUCGUCAUCACAGUGCAGGCUCGCGAGAGGACGCUCGUGGGCAGGUCUCAGACAACAGAUCUCAUCAUAGACGUCAAGGCCGUGGACACCAGCCCGCCCAUCAUCACCGUCACAUCACCCGAAG